ACCCGGGCGACAGGGUCCCCCCCCGCGCUGCUGACGCGCCCCCCCCCACGCGUCCCUUCCGGCUCACUCCCCCGCCCCGAGUCCCGCCUGGUGCGUGCGGUGCAGCGGCCGCGGAGGCAGCGGAGCCGCGAGAGCAGGUCUACACCUCUGCUUCCCUGGACCUGGAGUCACCACGAUGCCCAUCCUGGAAAAAGACCCUCAUAAGAUGGCAGCGAAAACUCCCAGCAGUGAGGAAGAGUCUGCACUGCCCAAGCUGCCAGUGCCCCCCUUGCAGCAGACCCUGGCAACCUACCUGCGGUGUAUGCGGCACCUGGUACCCGAGGAGCAGUUCCGGAAGAGUCAGGCCAUUGUGCAGCGGUUCGGGGCCCCUGGCAGCCUUGGCGAGACCCUGCAGCAAAAGCUCUUGGAGCGGCAGGAGAAGACGGCCAACUGGGUGUCUGAGUACUGGCUGAACGACAUGUACCUCAGUAACCGCCUGGCCCUGCCCGUCAACUCCAGCCCAGCUGUGAUCUUUGCUCAGCAGCACUUCCAAGACACCAACGACCAGCUGAGGUUUGCAGCCAGCCUCAUCUCGGGUGUGCUCAGCUACAAGGCCCUGCUGGACAGCCACUCCAUCCCCACAGACUGUGCCACAGGCCAACUGUCAGGGCAGCCCCUUUGUAUGAAGCAGUACUAUGGGCUGUUCUCCUCUUACCGGCUCCCUGGCCACACCCAGGACACGCUGGUGGCCCAGAAGAGCAGCGUCAUGCCCGAGCCCGAGCAUGUCAUCGUGGCCUGCUGCAACCAGUUCUUUGUCUUGGAUGUUGUCAUUAAUUUCCGCCGUCUCAGUGAGGGGGAUCUGUUCACUCAGUUGAGAAAGAUAGUCAAAAUGGCUGCCAACGAGGACGAGCGCUUGCCUCCGAUCGGCCUGCUGACGUCCGACGGGAGGAGCGAGUGGGCCGAGGCCAGGACAGUCCUCGUGAAAGACUCCACCAACCGGGACUCGCUGGACAUGAUCGAGCGCUGCAUCUGCCUCGUGUGCCUGGAUGCGCCAGGCGGCCUGGAGCCCAGCGACACCAACAGGGCGCUCCAGCUCCUUCACGGCGGAGGCUGCGGCAAGAACGGGGCAAACCGCUGGUACGACAAGUCCCUGCAGUUCGUGGUGGGCCGAGACGGCACCUGCGGCGUGGUGUGCGAACACUCCCCGUUCGAUGGCAUCGUCCUGGUGCAGUGCACGGAGCACCUGCUCAAGCACAUGAUGAACAGCGACAAGAAGCUGGUCCGAGCGGACUCCGUCAGCGAGCUCCCAGCCCCUCGCAGGCUGAGGUGGAAAUGCUCCCCAGAAAUUCAAGGCCACUUGGCUUCUUCCGCAGAAAAACUUCAACGAAUAGUAAAGAAUCUUGACUUCACUGUUUAUAAGUUUGACAACUACGGGAAAACAUUCAUUAAGAAGCAGAAAUGCAGCCCCGACGCCUUCAUCCAGGUGGCUCUCCAGCUGGCAUUCUACAGGCUCCACGGCAGACUGGCGCCCACCUACGAGAGCGCGUCCGUUCGCCGGUUCCGGGAGGGCCGCGUGGACAACAUCAGGUCGGCCACUCCGGAGGCACUGGCCUUCGCGCGCGCCGCGACCGACCGCCAGGCCGCCGUGCCCGCUGCGGAGAAGCUGCUGCUCCUGAAGGCCGCCGUCCGCGCGCAGACCGAGUACACGGUCAUGGCCAUAACGGGGAUGGCCAUCGACAACCACCUGCUGGCGCUGCGGGAGCUGGCCCGGGACGCGUGCAAGGAGCUGCCUGAGAUGUUCAUGGAUGAAACAUACCUGAUGAGCAACCGGUUUGUCCUCUCCACCAGCCAGGUGCCCACAACCAUGGAGAUGUUUUGCUGCUAUGGUCCUGUGGUCUCCAAUGGGUACGGUGCCUGCUACAACCCCCAGCCAGAGACCAUCCUCUUCUGCAUCUCCAGCUUUCACAGCUGCAAAGAGACCUCUUCUACCAAGUUUGCGAAAGCUGUGCAAGAAAGCCUCGCUGAUAUGAAAGACCUCUGCAGUCCACCGCAGCCUGCCGAGGGCAAGCCACUGGCAACAAAGGAAAAAGCCGUGAGGCCCAGCCAGGGACACCAACCUUGACUCUUGCCACCAGGUCUCUCCUCCCAAGCCCAGCCUCUGCAGCCCCAGACCCUGC